GAUCAUUCGUCGAAAUUAAAUGGGAGGUGGAAAUGUGACAACAAAUGACAUUAAAAAUAUAUAUUUUAUCUGUCGGAUGUUGUGUUUGCAACGCAAACAUCUUCGCUGCCGAUCUUCUUCAAAUUUAUUCUUGUUUAAUUCAAGGCCAAGAAAAGUUUGUUUCCGUUGAUUACAAUAAUGGCAUUCAGACUUAACAUUCUCACGAUAUUCCUAUCAUUUGCGAUUGCAUUAGUGUUGUCUGCAAAAUCUUCAGGAAAUUCGAGGAGAAAGAAACCUAGUCCGCCGAAAUUAAGCGACAAUAUUGAUAAAAACCCAUUUCUUCAAAGUACCACUAGUUCGCCAAUGUUAAGCGACAAUAUCGUUAAUAAUCUUUUUCUUCAAAAUCGCGACACAACCUUGUCUGCAAAUUGGAGCAACCUUCUCUUAUCGAAUACCAUUCAAGAUAUAUCUGCAAAUAAUAAUCCAGUAAAAAGUUUCCCCAACGCUAAUCCUUUCUUACAAGGUGUUCUUAAUGCAGAUAAGAAUGUGGUUCGUACAGUUUCCCCAAGUAAUUUGACCGGCGAUACAAGACCAUCCAAUGAGAAAUUAUCAGACUCGAGGAAGAUUGUCGAUAAAACAAGUAGACGUACGGAUGCAGGAACAAAAUCAGAACAAAUGUGCCAAGAAUAUGGAAGACAAAUUUCAAGCACGACAGGAAUAUUGUCUUUGGUCGGUGUAAAUCAAGAGGCAAUUAAGGUAACCACUCGAGACUGCGUAUACUCUAAUCAACUUGUCAUCGGAGGUGAUACUGCUUUUCCCGGUGAAUUUCCUCACAUGGUCGCUCUAGGUACAAGAAACCCAGACGGAACGUUUCAUCUUUUAUGCGGUGGUACGCUGGUUGCACCGGAAUGGGUACUUAGCGCAGCUCAUUGCACUUACCAACCAAAUCCGACAGAUGUACGUAUUGGUUUUCACGAUCUGAGAGACAAUCAACAUGGCAUCACGACUACGAUUAAUAAAAUGAUACGUCAUCCAAAUUACAAACCUCCUACGAUAUAUAACGAUAUAGCUGUGAUUAAGUUAAAUACUGUUAUUACGUUUAACAAGGAAAUACGGCCUGCUUGUCUAUAUCAACAAUACGACACUGUACCUUUGCAAGCAUGGGUCAGUGGAUGGGGUGUUACUGAAUUUGAGGCUGAAGAAGGAAGUAAUCAGUUGCAAAAAGCUCAGCUUGAUGUUAUCGAUAAUCUAAGCUGCGCGAUACAACACAAUCAAUCAAUAAAAAUACCAUAUGGAAUUACACCAAGCAUGAUAUGUGCCGGAGAUCCUCGCGGUGGUUGGAAUAAAGACACGUGCCAAGGCGAUUCGGGAGGUCCGAUACAAAUAGUUGAUCCAAAAAAUUUAUGCCUCUUUCAAAUAGUGGGCAUCACUAGUUUUGGGCAGGGUUGCGCGUUUGUAAAUAUGCCUGGAGUCUAUACGAGGGUCUCACAUUAUCUAAACUGGAUAGAAGAAAUUGUUUGGCCAGAAUCUUAACUCUGUAUAGCAUCAACGUAACGUAUAUGUUUCGGUUUGCAAAGGUAGAAAAGUUUCUUUAUUCGUUCUACAAUUACUCGGAGCAAUUCAAAUAUUAAAAGUUUAAAAUACAUUUAAUAUUAAUAUUGCUUAACGACAUACAUUGUGAAGACGACAGUGACAUAUGUUUCUUAACGGUAUCAUCGAUCGAUGCUGUGAUCAAUACAUAUACAUACAUAUACGCGACGAAUAAUUUUGCGAAUGUAAACGAACGGAUAUUAAUUACUGUUGCGUUGAGAAAUGUAAAUUUUUUUAAAUGCGUUACUUAGAUUAAUAAUGCAUAUGGUGUGUAAAUUGUACAUAAUACUAAACGAUUGCAACUUGACUAGAAAAGUUUUAUUUAGGUAGGAGCAACUUGAUCAUGACUGUAGAAAAUAAAUGGAAACUGGUGUCGAUAGAGAGAAGAAU